CGACAGAGGAUGAGCAAGAGCUGGGGAUGGAAUCGUCAGAAUUGUCUCUCAGCUUUUGUUUUUUUCUCUGAAGGCAUGGGUUGGAAUCGGAACCUGAACCCGGACCUGACUACAACCAGCAUCAUGUGGUUACUAAUUGCUCUUCCUUCACCUAUUGAUGCCUCCCAGAAAAAAACGGCGCCAGCGUUCCCAGAAAGCCCAGCUGCUAUUCCAAGAACCACCACUGGAGGGCCCCAAACACCACUAUGGCUCUCCCCAGCUUACCAUCACUCACACUAGACAGGUAUCACCUCAGUUUGAUACGACAGCAGAAAGCUGGUUCCCGGUGAACCAGAAACGUCAUCAUCGAAACCAGGCAAAGCAUUCAAGUCGAAAAUCUACCACCUCCAAGUUCCCACAUCUAACAUUUGAGAGUCCACUGUCUUCCUCCGGUUCAGCCAUGCUUGGGAUCCCCUUAACCAGGGAAUGCCCUCGUCAAUCAGAAAAGCGCCUUUCCAGAAGGCCCUUAGUUCCAAUGCUCAGUCCUCAAAGCUGCGGGGAAGUGUCAGCACAUACGCUUCAGAACUUCCCUUAUGUAUUCAUUCCACCUGAUAUCCAGACCCCAGAGUCAUCGCUGGUGAAGGAGGGGCCCAAUCCCUCAGAUCAGAGGGAAAGUAGCCUUCCGAGCUGCUCCUUCCAUACUAGUACUCCCAAGGGCCCAGAGCCUGGGCCUAUUCUCGUUGAAGACACUCCUGAGGAGAAGUAUGGGAUCAAGGUCACAUGGAGGAGACGACACCACUUGUUUGCUUACCUCAGGGAGAGAGGGAAGCUGAACAAAGACCAGUUCCUUGUGAAAAAUUCCCUGGAUUCCUCAGACACCAGCAGUCUCAAGACAUUUUCAUAAAGUUGCUAAAGUACUUUCCCGGCUCACAGGAGAGUACAUUAGGAGAAUAAAAUGGAAAUAAUACCAGUAACCUCAAUAGAAAAAAGAUGCUUUAACUAGAACCUUGGAGUCCUAAGGGAAUUCAGUUCCCAGAUUUGCUUUUUAAAAUGUCUUUUCCUGAAAAGUCUUUAGUGUCAUAAACAGUUCAUAUUUUUCUUUCAUUAACUGUUUAAAAUUUUAAAGUCUCUUGCAGUAACUAUUUAAAAUGUAUGUAAAUAAAUGGUUGCAGAAAGGUUUUAGAGAACCCUGCUUCUGAUUACUGAUCAUGCAGCAAUAUUACCUUCUCUACACAA